ACACAGUGGAUCACCGAUCGACGGAAAGAGCCGAAGAUGUCGGCUCAGUCAUGUGAUUAGCUGUGUCCAAUCACAGCUGAUCGCAUGGCACUGAUGAUCAGUGUGCCCUGAUGAUCAGUGUGGCCCCAGAAGUGCCACCUGUCAGUGCCCAUCAGUGCCACAUCAAUGCCACAUAUCAGUGCCUACCAGUGCACAUCAAUGCCACAUAUCAGUGCCCAUCUGAGCUGCCUUUCGGUGUCACCUCUCAGUGCCAGUCGGUGCCACCUAUUAAUGCCAGUCAGUGCCACCUAUCAGUGCUGCCAAUCAGU